GAGAGUUCAGCUGCAGUUGAAGCAGGCAGAGAGGAGCGUGGAGGACCUGACCAUGGAGCUACAGACGGCUGCACAGACCAAGGAGGACCUGGUCAAGCAACUCAAACAGGCUCAGGAGAAACUGUUAGAUCUUGAGAGCGACCUGGAGGAGAUGCAGGACAGUGAACAGAGAUGGGCCAGCAAGAACAAGAGAGCCAUCGAACAGACGGAACAGCUUCAGCUGAAGCUGAUCCAGCAGAAAGAUGUGAAUGAGCAGCUGGACAGUGAGAAGAGCAUCCUGGAGAGACAGCUGCGGGACCUGCGUGUGGAGGUGGAGAACCUCCAACACACCAGAGUUCAUGAGGAUGUCAUCACUAAGACGGAGAGCCGGGCCAAGGAGCUGGAGAACGCUCUGAGGGUGGAGGAGAGGAACAAAGUGGUGAUGAGCAACACCAUCAGUAAACUGGAGAGGAAGAACAACGAACUGUCUGAUCAGCUGGAGGAGGAACAGAAGAUGGCCAAGGAGCAGAAGGACCUGAUGUCCCAGAGGAUGCGUUCCCUGAAGCGUCAGCUGAACGAGGCGGAGGAGGAGUCCAGUCGUAGAGACGCUCAGUACCGCCACACCCAGAGAGAACUGACAGAGGAGAGAGAGACCUCCAGCAAACUACAGAAACAGCUCCUAGACCAACACCUCCAAAUCAAACGUAAGGAGUCCACCAUGGCGAUGAGACAGACUCUGGAAGAUCUACGUCUGGACCUUAGUGUGGAUGAGGAGGACCAGACCCCUCCAGUACCCACGGCCUCCAAGGCCUGAGACACCCUUCCUGGGACAGUAUUGCAGCAUAGCACCAGCCAUACUAGCCUUACUCAUUACGCCUUUGUCCUAGAUUCAAUCCGGCCUGCAGAAUAUCCAUGUCAUAGCGCGAUGGACAUUUAUAGCUCAUUUCCCAUUGAUCCGGCAUAUGCAGCAUUCAACGUGAAUGUGGGUCUCAGCAAAUGGUGGGAACGUUGCCUUUAAAAUGUGCAUAAAUAGGACAAAAUGAGAUGGGAUUGAAUCUAGGCCAUUAUUGAUAAAGGUAUCAUUCAUACCACCAAUACAGGACCCACAGGGAACAUACAGCAGCCUCCUGUCAGCCAAUCAAAUCAGCACCCGCGUGUUUGAUUUUCAGGUUCAACCAAUCAAAUCAGGUUAAAAAAAUUACUGUAGCAUCUGAUAAAACAUUUAUUUUUUAUUAAAUCUGCAGGUAAUUGAAAAUGUAAACCAGUGUGUCUUUACUUCUUGUGUUCCAUCAGGCUGCGUUUCCCAAACUCGG